AUGCAACUGGCCGAGGAGUCCGGUUUGGCAGAUGAUGCUUCCAGUGAAGACGAGCAUGGCCCCGGCGUAGAUGCAGAUGGGCCGCAGGACGCCGACAUGGGCGACUCGGGAGUCCGGGGUCCUGGUCCGGCGGUUCCGGCUCCUGCCGCGACCCUCGGUGAUACCGUUGCAGCGGUCGGCGCACCUCACCACGGCAUGUCUCCGGACUUUCCUAUUCACAGUCCCCAAAGUACCCCUGGGUCGGCGUACCCGGAUGUUUCCCGGCUUUCGAACUCGGCGAGCAGCUCCGGCGCGUUCCAAGUGACGCCGGAUGGGCGGAGAAGUUAUUUCGGGCCGACGAGCUACGUGCAUCUCGCGCGUAGUUCGUCCACCCUGUGGAAUCGCCAUGCGAAGCAACAGGGUAGCUCCCCGGCUCCAGGCGCUAGCAGGUUACUCGUGCCGCAGGAGAAGCAGGAGUUGGAGAACAACCUCGUCGACUGCUUCUUUACGUGGGAUAAUAUAUUUCUUGACGCGUUCGACGAGGGCAUCUACCGCCGCGACAAGGCCCGUUACGAGGCUGGUCAGGAGUGCUUCCUCUACUCACCGACCCUCGGUUACGCCAUACUUGCUGUGGGUCAAUUGUAUGCCUCCGACUCGGAUUGGAUGGCGGAUGAUCUAUCACAAAAUUUCGGCUCUCGGGCGAGAGGCUUGGUGACGGCGGAGCUCGACGCGCCUUCCGUCAGCACGGUGAUGGCGCUCAUCAUUCUGUGUUCUCUGAGUGCCGCGGAAGCGCUUGAUGAUCAAGGGUGGUUCUAUUCAGGCACCGCUCUCCGCCUGAUAACAGCUCUGGGGCUCGACCAACAAGGCUCCCUAUUCCAUCCAGCGGAAGACCUAGCAACGCUACAACUUUUGCAGAGAAGCAUCGUUGUAGGCGCGACGUGUCUUGACACCUUGGCGCGGUUGGUGUGGAAGGGUAGCCGACUUGACGUCAAAUUCUCCGAUCCCAGCGACCAUGCUUCAAGUCUCCUGACGCAACUAUCCGGUGGGAGCGGUGACCUAGACGGGAUCCUUGCGGCGCUCCAACGCCUCCGAGCUCUCCCACCCCACCUUUUUCCCCAAGCGUGCAUCGAGUCCGCAAACGAGAUCUCGCGGCUGCAGCACGUUUUCCGACAAACGUACGGCCUGGGCCGGCUCCACCCGUUAUCCACGCAUCCCAUGUUGGCGGCCAGCUUGGUGAGCGUGCAGAGCUUCGCGGACGCGCCGGCGCAGUCUCGGGAAGCGAGGCAGGCGAGGCAGAAUGUCUUACGGUCGAUCCAGGUAUUUGGCGAGGUCGCGGAGACGCUGAAUGUGGGGGCACGAGCGCUGGAUAUCGUCAUGGCUGCGCAGCGUGGGUAA